AUGGUGAAUUCCGCCUGUCUUGCCCUCGCCGCCACUGCGGCCUGGGCGCGAACAGCGUCUGGAGCUGCCGUGCACCGACGCGACUCCGUGCCGGCCGAAUAUGUUGCCGCACCUUACUACCCUUCUCCACAAGGCGGGUGGACGUCCGACUGGACAAGUGCGUACGAGAAGGCCGAGGCCCUUGUGUCCUCCAUGAUCCUGGCUGAGAAAACAAAUAUCACUGCCGGCACGGGUUUCUUUAUGGGUGGCCCCUGCGUCGGAAACACAGGAAGCGCUCUCCGCGUCGGCUUCCCACAGCUGUGUCUCCAGGACAGUGCUCUGGGCGUUCGUUCAACAGACCAUGUCACGGCUUUCCCGGCCGGCAUCACGACUGGCGCGACGUGGGACAAGGAUCUGAUCUUGGCUCGCGCCCAGGCCAUCGGCGAAGAGUUCCGUGGCAAGGGCGUCAAUGUCUAUCUUGGACCGACCAUCGGGCCGCUCGGCCGCAAGCCACGCGGAGGGCGCAACUGGGAGUCCUUCGGAGCCGACCCCGUGCUUCAAGCCGUGGGAGGCGCCUUGACCGUCCAAGGUGUGCAGUCGAAAGGCGUCAUUGCGACGGUCAAGCAUUUGAUCGCGUAUGAGCAGGAAAUGUAUCGCAUGUAUAAUGUCAUCAUGCCCGGCUACAGCUCGAAUGUUGACGACCGAACCCUUCAUGAAUUGUACCUGUGGCCUUUUGCAGAGGCCGUUCGUGCUGGUGCUGGCUCGAUUAUGGCAGCUUACAACGGCGUCAAUGGCUCGGCAUGCUCGCAAAACAGCUACCUUCUCAACAACCUCUUGAAGGAUGAACUUGGGUUCCAAGGAUUCGUCAUGUCAGACUGGUCAGUCACUUCGCCUGCUCUUAUUUUGUUGUCGCAGUCCAGCUAA